AUGACGGACGUGCAAAGUACUAUGUCAAGUUACAAAUUUGUAACUUCAGGGGCUCCAAGACAACAAGAUGAAAGUGUGUGGAGAUACCGUCUACGAAGAUUAUUUACUGUAAAAUCAUUGAAAAGUCUGGAUGAGGAACAUCAAACUUCUAAGCUCAAAAGAUCUUUAAAUAUCUUUGACUUAAUUAUGAUUGGCAUCGGCGGUAUAAUUGGAAAUGGCAUAUUUGUCUUAGCAGGCCAAGCUGCCGCGACCAGGGCGGGCCCGGGUGUCAUCAUAUCUAUUUUAUUGGCUGGACUUACUGCUAGUUUUGCUGCGUUUUCUUAUUCUGAACUAGCCUCGAUGAUCCCUAUUGCAGGUUCAUCAUAUACUUAUACGUACGCAACAUUGGGUGAAUUAAUAGCCUGGAUUAUUGGUUGGGAUUUAACCUUGGAAUAUUUAGUGGGUUCUUCCGCAGUAGCUGUCGCAUGGACCGAAUCACCGUUUAUAUUCAAUAGUACAACCAGCACUUUUGAAACUGUUCCUGGUGCCUAUUUCAAUGUUCCUGCCUUUGCCAUCGUAAUUUUCUUGACAGUGCUACUCCUUAUAGGAAUCAAAGAAUCUGCCAGAUUUGCUGCAUUUGUUGUCACUGUAAAACUUAUAGUUAUCUUUUGUUUUAUUAUUGCCGCUGGAACUCGUGUCAACACUGAAAACUUUCAUCCAUUUAUUCCACCAAAUAAAGGAUCAUUUUCGAUCUCAUACACACAACUUGAUAAUCCUGCGCCAAUAUCUGUAGCUGUUAAUGCAUUAGGGAUGAGAUGGUUAGGAAUUAUUGUAGAUAUUGGUGCGGUAAUUGGUUUAACAUCAGUUAUUCUCGUACAAUUGCUGGGGCAGACUCGCAUUUCUAUAUUUGGUACACCAUACAUAACAACUAUAAUUACUGGCACAAUUGCUGCUAUAGCAGCAGCAUUGCUCCCGAUUGAUGUACUUGCUGAAUUAAUGUCUGUCGGCACACUAUUGGCUUUCUUCCUAGUAAACAUAGGCGUUACAAUAUUAAGAUUUACAGCCCCAGAUGCUCCUAGAAAAUUCAAAGUACCAGGUGGUCCAUUUCUGAUUCCAUUUUUAGGUGCUGCAUUAAGUUUAUUAUUAAUAGCAACAGCAUCAGUUCCAACUAUUGCGAGAUUGUUUAUUUGGAUGGCAAUUGGAUUAGUAAUAUACUUCCUUUAUGGAUCAAGGCGUUCUAAAGCUAAUAAUCAGGAGAUGUGUAUUGAAAAAGCUACAAGUAAAAUUGAGGCUUAA